GAUUCUGUUUUGAGUUUCUCGUAAAGAGCGAACCAGUUUAGUUACGCGGACACGUAAGAUCUGACAAAGAAAUAAAAAAUUUCUCAAGAUACUUUUCUCUUUCUUAACAUCUCUUGCGCCAUCGUUUUAAGGGUUUACUGUUCGUUGGUCAGAGUAUCGACAAGAAGACGAUCAAACCUACAAUCAUCUGAGCUUCACUUUGAUCUUUGUUUGACUUCCCGAUCAACUUGUUUAAACAACAACAGGGCCUGAAGAUGAGGCCUGAGUUUCCAGGGCUAUGGAAGGUAGUAGAAAGCAGACGUCUUCUAUGGCUACUGGGACUCACAUUUGCUCUCAUCGUCACUUUUCAAUACAUCGAGCUUCCGAACACUAUCUCCUCCCUCUUCUCUUCCACCAAGCUUCCCUUUUCAAGAAACGGCGAUGGCGAGCAUAAGAGUAGUAGGAACUUGGCUCCAGCUAUGGCACCGAGCUUUCCACAAAAGAACGCUUCUCUGGUGGAUGAUUCUUCUGGUGGUGUAGGAGAUGAUGAGGAAGUUGAGGUUGAUAAGAUCUUUGACAGCGGUGGAAACGCAACCGCUCCAACCGUUUCACCUUCUCAGUUAAAAGAAAACGCAACCGCUCCCACCGUUUCGCCUUCUCAGGUAAAAGAAAACGCAACCGCUCCAACCGUUUCGCCUUCUCAGGUAAAAGAAAACGCAACCGCUCCAACCGUUUCGCCUUCUCAGGUAAAAGAAAACGUAACCGCACCUGUGGCUAGUGCUAAGCCCCCUGCUGCAUUACCACUAGUAAAAGAAAACGCAACCGCACCUGUGGCUAGUGCUAAGCCCCCUGCUUCCUUACCAAUUCCAAACCCGUCUCCGGUUAAGGACAACGCAACUAGCCAUGUAGAGGACAAGAACUCAACUAAAACAAAUGUUCCUGGUGUGUCUCCCGUUGUGAGAUUUGUUCCUGUCGUGAAGGAGUAUUCAAAAACGCCAGAUUCAAGAGUGAUGUCAAUCUCAGAUAUGAGCAAGCAGCUGCGUCGAAACCGUAUCUCUCAUAACCGUCUAGCAAAGAAGCCAAAAUGGGUUACUAAACCUGACUUGGAGCUUCUACAAGCAAAGUACGAGAUCGAGAACGCACCUAUAGAUGACAAAGACCCUCUCCUCUACGCUCCUCUUUACCGCAACGUCUCCAUCUUCAAACGGAGCUAUGAGUUGAUGGAGAAGAUGUUGAAGGUUUAUGUCUACAAAGAAGGAGACAAACCUAUCAUGCACAGUCCAAUACUCAGAGGGAUAUAUGCAUCAGAAGGAUGGUUCAUGAAACUUAUUGAAUCCAACAACAACAAGUUUGUCACAAAGGACGCUUCCAAAGCUCAUCUUUUCUACCUACCCUUUAGCUCUCGGAUGCUAGAGGUCACUCUAUACGUGCAAGACUCUCAUAGUCACCGUAACCUCGUUCAGUAUCUUAAAGACUACAUAGACUCCAUCUCGGUUAAGUACCCUUUUUGGAAUAGAACCUCUGGAGCAGAUCAUUUCCUUGCAGCUUGCCAUGAUUGGGCGCCUUCGGAGACACGCAAUGUCUUCGCAAAGAGUAUUAGGGCUUUAUGCAACUCUGAUGUUAAAGAAGGCUUUGUCUUUGGUAAGGACACAUCGUUACCAGAGACAUUCGUUAGAGAUCCCAAGAAACCACUAAGCAGCAUCGGCGGAAAAUCUGCUUCCCAAAGGCCAACGCUAGCUUUCUUCGCUGGCAAGCCUGACCACGGUUACCUUAGACCGAUCCUGCUCUCUUACUGGGGCAACAACAAAGACCCUGACUUAAAAAUAUUCGGGAAGCUUCCGAGGACCAAAGGAAACAAGAACUACCUUCAGUUCAUGAAGACGAGCAAGUACUGCAUUUGCGCCAAAGGGUUUGAAGUGAACAGUCCGAGAGUGGUGGAGGCUAUAUUCUAUGACUGUGUUCCGGUUAUUAUAUCUGACAACUUUGUGCCGCCGUUUUUCGAGGUUUUGAACUGGGAGUCGUUUGCGCUUUUUGUGGCGGAGAAGGAUAUACCUAACUUGAAGAAGAUUCUGAUGUCGGUGUCGGAGCGUAGGUACAGGCAGAUGCAGAUGAGGGUUAAGAGAGUGCAGAAGCAUUUUCUGUGGCAUGUACAGCCUGAGAAGUAUGAUAUGUUUCAUAUGAUUCUUCAUUCGGUUUGGUUUAACCGGGUUUCUCAGAUUUCUGUUUAGUUGGUUUUGUGAUUCAUACAAUUCAUUUGUACAUUUCUUUUACACGGAUAAAAUUCAGUUUACAGAUUCCAUAAUAUCACAAAUAAAACUUGUGGUCUCAUUUGUACAUGUACUGUUAAGUUUGAGAUAGUAAUUAUU